AUAAAAGAUUACCCAUAUCAUAUUGGAAGGCCGUUGAGCUGUCUAAUUUUAUCAAUUUUUAGUAUUUUUUGUUUGUUUCUUUUAAAGCACCCAUAAGUUAAUUAAAUAGUCCCGGCAGGGUGUGAAAAUUCCGUGAAAUUAUGUUUUCGAGCAGUUACGAGAAGUAACACAUCGAUCCAUAGUAAGUACGCGCAAUCACGCGCGGUGUAUCUGUGGUCAGGUCCCAAACUUUACUUCUCUUCGCACGACUAUACUUCAACGCCAGUCUUUCAAGAUGCUGCCAGCAACAAUAUUCCGACAGGUGCAGUGCACACGUAAUGGUCUUAGUAAAAAUCUUACCGAUUUAGUUAUUGGUCUAAGCACUGCCGGACCACCUGCAAAUGGUGUCAACUGCUUAAAUCGCUAUGCUGCAGCAACCGGUUUUAUACGCAUCUCAUUUUUGGACUUUAACCAGCAUCGCAAUUGGGAUAUAGCACGGUUGCGUCAAUAUGCCGAUUCAAAAAAGAAGUCAUUGCAUUUGCGAACAUUGCAAGGUCGUCAUUUAUUACAGGAUGUCAUAGAUAAGAAACGUGAAAGUUUUAUUGAACGGAAAAAUGUUUUGGUGGAAGAUAUACGAGGUGCGCGUUACAAGGUACAAGAGCGCGUGCGGGAGCGCAUGGAAGAGGUGAUUGAACAUGAAAAUAUAUUGACUAUACCAAAUGUAUUGACAGUGGGUAGAGCGAUAUUAUCGCCAUAUAUCGGAUACGUCAUAGUACAGCAGGAUUUUAGUUUGGCGAUGGGUUUGCUGGUAUUCGCUGGUAUUACAGAUUUGUUGGAUGGUCAAAUUGCUAGAAGGUGGCCAAGUCAGGCAAGUAAAGCGGGCUCGUUCCUGGAUCCAAUGGCAGAUAAACUGUUAAUUGGAUCGUUAGUUAUAUCAAUGGGUCUCGGUGAAUUGUUGCCUUGGUGGCUAGCAGGCACCAUACUUUUUCGAGAUGUCUUCCUACUGGCAGCUGGGUUUGUUAUACGCUAUAUCAGCUUACCACCACCAAAAACCUUUACACGCUACUUCGAUGCUACAUACGUCACGGCGCAACUAGAACCUACACUUAUUAGCAAAAUCAAUACGGGUGUGCAAUUGGCAACUAUUGGUAUAAGCUUAGGCGCACCUCUGUGGAAUUACAUCGAUCAUCCCGUACUCCAUGGGCUUUGGUAUUUGACAGGCGCAACGACAGUCGCCGCCGCACUGAGUUAUAUAUUAAACAAAAAUACAUUUAAAAUUAUCAGAAAGCAAUCGACCAAUUCGUAGGACUACCGAGCAGUCAAGUGCGUGUGUGAAUCACA